GUUUCUGCUGGCCGGUGGAUAUUACAUUGAGCACAUUCCGCCGUUCAUCUCAUGGCUCAAGUAUGUGUCGUUCAGCCAUUACUGCUACAGGCUGCUGGUGGGGGUUCAGUACUCUGCCAAUCAGGUGUAUGAGUGUGGCUUUGGGUCGCAUAUUAAUUACUGUAGAGUCAUGGAUUUUCCUGCCAUUAAAUGCUUGGGACUGGGGAAUCUGUGGUGGGAUGUGGCUGCUUUGGGGGUCAUGUUGGUUGGGUUUAGGAUUUUGGCUUUUGUGGCUUUGAAGAUGGGACACCCGCACUGAUUCUGCAUUCUUCCAUGGCAGAGCAAGCUUGUUGACUCGAAUAGGAGUUUUACGCGGUUGGAUGUGCGAGAGAGAAACGACGAACACAUUUCAGAUUAUCAAUAAUUUCUGACUAUUAGGAUAGAGCAAUGCUGGAGAAUGGAAGGCUGUAACAACUUCAUUCAAUAAUUUUUUCUCAAAAUGGGAACGAGGGAGUUAGUAUUAGUUAUAUGUUGUUUUAGAUUGGCUUAAGGGAAAUUGUAAGUUACUAGUAGAUUCAUUAAAUUGAAAAGCUUUUUUUCUUUUCUC